AUGGAGUCGCUAUAUCGUAUAAUCCUGUUGGCCGCACUGCUGCCUUUGUCUGUUGCUGUAAGCACCACGGUUGAUGUCGGGUACAGCAGAUACAAAGGCCACGUCCUUGACAACGGUGUCUCGGAAUGGCUUGGUAUUCGAUAUGCUGCCACUCCGACCUGGCACCGCAGGUUCAAGCUCCCCGAGGAUCCUGUCCCCACGAGAGCUGUCCAGGAUGCCACCAAGCGGGGAAGAGCAUGCAUCGGAACAGAUUCUGACCCCAACACCAUUGGCGAUACUGUGGCCGAAGACUGCCUCUUCCUGAACGUCUGGGCACCAACAAAAGCCUCAGUGGAGGACAGCCUUCCAGUAUAUAUUUAUAUCCAAGGCGGCGGCUUCAAUGGCAACUCAAAUGCCAACGCAAACGGCACUGCUCUGGUCGUUGCAGGCGACUUGGACAUGAUCGUCGUUUCCAUCAACUAUCGCGUCGGUGUAUACGGCUUUCUCAACGACGGUGAACAGAUCACACCAAACGUCGGUCUCCACGAUCAGCGAAAGGCGUUCCAAUGGGUUCAGAAGCACAUUUCCAAGUUCGGCGGGAAUCCUGACCAUGUUGUCAUUGGUGGCGAGUCUGCUGGUGCUGCGAGUGUCAGUCUGCAUCUCACCGCUUAUGGAGGGAAGGAUGAAGGUCUUUUCCACGGUGCUAUUGCCCAAUCUAUCUCGUUCGGGUCUCUCCUCACCGAGCAGGAAUCUGUGUAUCAGUUCAAUACUCUGGGUGUGCGUUUAGGCUGCCUUGGUACGAAGAAGAAUAUCCUUGACUGCCUUCAAGUGCAGCCGCCCCGGGACAUUCAGAGGGCAAACAAGAACCUUCCAAACCUAGGCAGCACCACGCCGCCUCUUUUCAUGUGGACUCCGAGCAUCGAUGGCAAGCUCGUGCCUAAUGUAACCUAUCAGGUUUUUGAGGAGGGGAAGUUCGUAAAAGUCCCUCUGAUGGCUGGCGACGACACUAAUGGAGGUACUGUAUUCACGCCUGUGAAUACGUCUUCUUUGGUGCAAAGCAACGAAUUUAUGAAGGCAAACUUUCCCUUCAUAACUACCGAGCAGCUGAGGCAAAUCAACAAACUCUAUCCCAACAAAAACGAGUCUUGCCCUAACCCUGGAUGCUGGUGGCGUCAGGUCAGCGACGUCUAUGGCGAUAUGAGAUACAUGUGCUCAUCAUUAUAUAUCUCGAAUGCACUGCCAUUCCACAGCGUUCCCAACUCUUGGAACUAUUGGUAUGACGUCCAGGACCCCGCUCAGAUGGCUGCAGGCUACGGUGUUCCCCAUGUCGUCGAGAAUCAAGCCGUGUUCGGACCUGGACCGGGCUCGCCAGCCAGCUACCUCAAUGGCGGGAAGAAUGUCCCUGUCGUACCCGUGAUCCAAGCCUAUUGGACAAGCUUCAUUCGGACCUUGGAUCCGAAUAAGCAUCGCGAUAAGAGUGCUGCCAGGUGGGACAGAUGGACUGAAAAAGGCCGGAGGCGGCUGAAGUUUGAGACAGGCGGGAAAACGAUGAUGGUGAAGACUAGCCCCGAUUUACAAAGGAAAUGCGCUUACUGGGCCGAUAUCGGUCCAAGUAUUCGGCAGUAA